AUGUUUUUAUUUUCUGCUUCUCUUUUCUAUCUUUUGUCUCACUGCAAAAGGUUUAGCCUUGACUGGCCAUUUUCUAUUCCUGCCACGUGUUCUGACAAUCAUGCAAAUGGCUUAUUCGCUCUUUCUCUCUCUCUCUCUCUCUCUCUCUCUCUCUCUCUCUCUCUCUCUAUCUUAGGAAACUACCAAAGCCUACAUCAUUUAUCAAGAUUCAUCUCUCUCUCUCUCUCUCUCUCUCUCUCUCUCUCUCUCUCUCUCUAUCUUAGGAAACUACCAAAGCCUACAUCAUUUAUCAAGAUUCAUCUCUCUCUCUCUCUCUCUCUCUCUCUCUCUCUCUCAUUUGCAUCUCUUCCUUCACAGUUCACUCGGACUUCUAUCUAUCUAUCUAUCUAUCUAUCUAUCUAUCUCCUCUAUUUAUCUAUCUAUCUAUCUAUCUAUCUAUCUAUCUAUCUAUCUAUCUAUCUAUCACUGUCUGCCAUCUAUCUAUCUGUCUCUUGCUUUUCCAGUGUCUCCCUUUAUAUCUCUCUCCCAGCACAUCUUACUUUACUUGUACACACCCUUGAAGAUGAAAGACGUGAGUCAAAAACUCGGACAAAGCUUAAUGUGGGAUAUUUUUGGUCUUUUUCACCAUUUAUCAUUGUCGUUAUUUCUUUCUUUCUUUCUUUAUUUUUUCUUUCUUUCAUUCUUUCUUUCUUUCUUUCUUUCUUACCCGCCCUUUCGUUAUUUCUUACUCAUUCUCUCCCACUCUUCGAUCUUUCUUUUUUUCUUUCCCAUUCGUUCUUUCUUUCUCUCACUCCCACUCGCUCUUUCUUUCUUUCACUCCUCCCCUCUCGCUCUUUCUUUCUUUCUUUCUUUCUUUAUUGCUUUCGCCCACUCACGUGCUCCAUCUUUCUUUCUUUCUUUCUUUCUUUCUUUCUUUCUUUCUUUCUUUCUUUCUUUCUUACUCGAUCUUUCUUUAUUUUCUUGUUUUUACUCACUCUCUCCCACUUUCUUUCUUUCUUUAUUUCUCACUCGCUCUUUCUUUCUCUCACUCCGACUCGCCCUUUCUUUCUUUCUUUCUUUCUUUCUUUCUUUCUUUCUUUCUUUUCCUUUCGCUCUUUCUUCCUUUCUCCCACUUUCUUGCUCUUUGUUUGUUUGUUUCUUUCUUUCUUUCUUUCUUUUUUUACCAAUUCGCUUGUUCUUUCUUUCAUUCUUUUCACACAUAUUAUUUCGCUUAACCACUUUUUCUUUCUUUCCGCCUUUCUUUCUUUCUUCUUUCUUUCUUCCCAUUCGCUUGUUUUUUCUUUCUUUUUUCUCACAGACUUUCUCUCCUCUACUCGCCUCUUUCUUUCUUUCCUUCUUUUUCUCACACACUCUUUCUCUCCCCAACUCGCAUUUCCUUUGUUUGUUUGUUUAUUUACUUCUUUCUUUCUCUCUCUCUCUCUCUUUCUUUCUUUCUCUUUGUCUUUCUUUCUUUCUUUCUUUCUUUCUUUCUUUCCUUCUUUUUCUCACACACUCUUUCUCUCCCCAACUCGCAUUUCCUUUGUUUGUUUGUUUAUUUACUUCUUUCUUUCUCUCUCUCUCUCUCUUUCUUUCUUUCUCUUUGUCUUUCUUUCUUUCUUUCUUUCUUUCUUUCUUUCUUUCUUUCUUCUUGAUUGA